AUGGUGAUGGGAAAAAACAAUGGCAGCUCCCUGCAGGCCUUCAUCCUGGUGGGCUUUUCUGAUCGGCCUAGACUGGAGAUGAUUCUAUUUGCUUUUAUUUUAAUCUUUUAUGUCCUCACUCUGUUGGGCAACACCGCGAUCAUCCUCCUGUCAGUCAUAGACUCCAGGCUCCACAUGCCCAUGUACUUUUUUCUUGGGAACCUAUCUUUCCUGGACCUUUGCUUUACCACCAGCAUUGUCCCCCAGCUGCUGUGGAACCUCUGGGGGCCAGAUAAGAGCAUCACCUACCACGGCUGUGUAGCUCAGCUCUACAUCUAUAUGGUGCUGGGCUCCACCGAAUGCGUCCUCUUGGCAGUCAUGUCCUACGACCGCUAUGUGGCUGUCUGCCGGCCCCUGCACUACACUGUCGUCAUGCACCCGCGCCUCUGCCUGCAGCUCGUGAGUGUGGCCUGGUGCUGCGGCUUCCUAAACUCGUUUGUCAUGUGUCCUCAGACGAUGCAGCUCUCCCGGUGUGGGCAUCGAAGGGUGGACCACUUUCUCUGCGAGAUGCCUGCCCUCAUUGCCAUGUCCUGUGAAGACACCACGCUUGUGGAGGCUUGCGCUUUCGUCCUGGGGGUGGUCCUUCUCCUGGUGCCCCUCUCCCUCAUCCUUCUCUCUUACGGCAUGAUUGCCGCCGCCGCUGUGCUGAGGAUUAAAUCAACGGCGGGGCGCAGGAAAGCCUUCAACACCUGCUCUUCGCACCUGAUCGUGGUCUCGCUCUUCUACGGCACCAUCAUCUACAUGUACCCCCCAGCCAACAGCUACUCCCAAGAUCAAGGCAAAUUUCGGACUCUCUUCUACACCAUCGUCACGCCCAGUGUCAACCCCCUCAUCUAUACUCUGAGGAACAAGGACGUGAAGGGGGCAGUGAGGAAGCUCCUGGGAUGGGAGAAAGGGGCUGGAGAAUCUUAA